AUGAGAAAGGCCAGGAAGAGAAAGGCCAUGAAGAGAGAGACCAGGAACGCCAGAAAUAGAAAGGCCAGAAAGAGAAAGAACAGGAAGAGAAAGGACAAGAAGGCCAAGAAGAGAAAAUACAGGAAGAGAAAGGCCAGGAAGAGAAAAGGACAGGAAGGCAAGGAAGAGAAAGGCCAGGAAGAGAAAAAAGGCCAGGAAGAGGAAGGCCUGGAAGGACGCAGUGGCCAUGGCAACCCACAGAAGUCAGAGAGGCCGCCAGGCCGACACAGGAGCGCUAGCGGUGACUAUGACAAGUACAGCGACUACAGCGAAGACAAGUAUGACUAUGAGGGAGAGGGGGAUGAUUAUGAUGUGGAGGAGAUGUGGCAGGUGAAAGACUCAACGUCUCCUGGACAAGGCCUGGGCCAGAUGAAAUACAUCUGUAAAUACUUCCUGGAGGGACGAUGCAUUAAGGGGGACCAAUGUAUGUUCAAACACGAGCUGGUUACCCUAGACAAGAAGAAGGAGCUGUGUAAAUUCAACCUCCAAGGAUACUGCCUUAAAGGAGACAACUGCAUCUACAUUCACAGUGAAUAUCCCUGGAAGUUAUUUCAUACUGGAGCCAAGUGUUAUCAGGGAGACAACUGUAAAUUAUUCCACGAUCCUUUGAAUGACGUGACCAAAGACCUGCUUGAUAAGAUCAUCAACACAGAGGAGGAGAUCGCCCAUGACGAUGAGAUGGAGUUGGAGGACCUGAGGAAACAGGGGAUCGUCCCCCUGCCUAAACCCCCUCCUGGGGUGGGGCUGCUGCCCACGCUGGGCCCCGGUGGUCCUGGGUCUGGAGGUCCUAACCCUGGUCCUUGCCCUGGACCCUCCAGCCCACAGGAGGGGGGAAGUAGUGGGGGGAAUUCUGGGGGAAGAAAUAUCCCCUCUCUGUUUGAGAUCGUGGUUAAGCCUAUGGUGGACUUGUCUCAGAAGAUGGCUCAAAGUGGGUCCAAUUUCAACUCUCAGUCCAGAGACCAGUUUCAAGGUGAUGAGUUUGGUGGAGGGGGUCCCAAUGACAACAUGCAGCAGAGUGGACCCAACAGCCCACCCCCUGUCCCCCCUCCGGGAUCUCCCCCUGGCUCAAUGGGGGGUCCCUCUCCUCCCUAUCCAUCUCACACUGGGCCACCAAUGCAGCAACAGCAGAGCCCCCCUGGACAGCACCUCCAACAACAACCACCCCACGGUUUCCCCAUUCCACCACCUCCAGGUCCGCCACCGCCCUUCCUGGGUCACCGACCUAAUAUGAACCCCAAUAUGAAUAUGAACUCCAAUAUGAACAUGGACCUCCAGAGACCCCCUCCGCCGUUCCCUCCGUUCCCAGACCCAAUGGAGAUGCUUCAGAACAUGAACACGCCGUUCCAAGCCAUGGGAGUUCUUCAACAACUUCUUCAGGAACCAGUAGGGGAUAAGCCCUUCAGUCAGAACACCUCCCAACAGCAGGGGAGUGCUGUCUCCCAGAUGCUGUCUCAGAUGCAGGACUUACCCCCAUGCAGUACAGUCCCAGAAGCAGGACCUACCCCCAUGCAGUACAGUCCCAGAUGCAGGACCUACCCCCUGCAGUACAGUCCCAGAUGCAGGACCUACCCCCUGCAGUACAGUCCCAGAAGCAGGACCUACCCCCAUGCAGUACAGUCCCAGAUGCAGGACCUACCCCCUGCAGUACAGUCCCAGAUGCAGGACCUACCCCCUGCAGUACAGUCCCAGAUGCAGGACCUACCCCCUGCAGUACAGUCCCAGAUGCAGGACCUACCCCCUGCAGUGCAGUCCCAGAUGCAGGACCUACCCCCUGCAGUGCAGUCCCAGAUGCAGGACCUACCCCCUGCAGUGCAGUCCCAGAUGCAGGACCUACCCCCUGCAGUGCAGAAGGCCCUGUUCCUACACCAACAGCAGCAGCUACAGCAGGGCAGUGAUCCACAAGGUUUUGAGGAACAAGGUGGCAAGAACCCCAAAAGUAACUCCAGUGAUGACGAGGAUGGGGACCGUGUCACAGCCAUCCUCAAGUGUCUGAAGAAACAGAAUGAGAAGGACCAGCAGGGGCCACAGUCCACCAAACCACCCUCGGGCCAGGUAGCCCCUGGAGACCCUUGCCUCCAGAAGAAGCGGGCCCCACCCAGCGACCCCCGGAUGAAGGCAGCAGACCCCCGCCAGAGACCCCCAGACAACAUGAGGAAAGAGCCCAACUCCAGCGGGGACCCCAGACAGGCCCUGUACCCCAGGAAGGUGAGGCUCCAGGAGCCACACAGCUCCUUCAAACCACAACUCCUUCAGCUCCACCACCAUCACCAGCAGCAGCAGCACAAGGCUUCAGCCAGGGAGGAGGAUGGAGAGAGGGCUGCACUCAUCCCGUUGGAUCCCUGCCCAGGGGUAACACUCCGGGAACCGUGCUGCCAGCUGCAGCAGUUCAGCCACAUCCAUUUGGACAUCGUGUUACAGUGCCCGGCUUAUGCCUCGACCGUGGUCUGGUCAGCUGAGGACCUCAUCCCCUCACUGGUACCCAAACAGGAGCACUCCAUAAAUCUACCUCUACCGCCACUCAUCGCCGACGCACAGAUGAACCAAACCAACAAUAGGACAAGGAUGAUAUCCCCUGACCACACCUCCUCCAACACCACCACCCCUCCACACAUGGACCCUCGCCUGGUCGCUGUCCGUCUGAAGGAGGGUUUGGUGGGUGUGGGGGUAGGACUAGGCAGGCUCCCCUCCAGGACACUGGAGCCCAGGGGGUCAACAGAGAGGUUGUUGGAUUCCAGGCAACACAAGGCCCUAGGUCAGGACCCCAGGAUAGGUUGGUCAGGUACUCUGGACUCUAAGGUCCCUAUCCUGAGGGAGACAGAGGGAGGAGGUGCUGAAGGAGACCCCAGGCUGCAGAGGAGCAGUGCCUCUUCUUCCUCUUCCUCCAAAACCACUACCUUAACAUUAUCGGCUCCAUCUAAACCUGAGGCUGAGAAGCUGUGUCCGUACGCCCCAGGGCGUCUGUCCUCCUCUGGUGGAGGGUUAGAAAGCCCCACCACUUCCACCCUGCUAGGGGGCAUCAGCCUCUAUGAUCCCAGAAACCAGGCACCGCAGCUGGGCCAGCGGGACGAGACAGAGCCCCCCGACUCCACCUUCAUCAUCAUCUUUGCUCUCGCCAACCCACCAGUCUGGAGGUCCAUAUCCACACAGGAGGACAGAGGGGGUACUGAGAGCACCAUGAAUGGGUCUGAGUCCAACAGUCCAAAUCCUACCCUCUCCUCUGCUCCCACAGUGAUGACGUCAGGGUCAGAGCCCCCCAGCUCCCCAGUCAAACCUUCCGCACCCGCUGUCCACCACCUACCCAUCCAAGCCCUAGCAGGCCUGAUCAGGCCCCCCUACACAGACCCCAGACAGGCCAAACAGGUAGAGAAGGAGUCCAAGCAUGAGGAGGAGAAGAUGGAGGAGGAGGAAGCAAAGGAGCAGGAGACAGAAGAUGAUAGGCUGCUCAAAGAGGUAUUCAAGACCUUUGACCCCACUGCUUCCCCCUUCAGUCAGUAAAUACUCCUGUUAUGAAAUAGAGAUCAACACACACACCUGUGUGUCUAAAUAUAUUGACAACUUAGUUAAAUAUAUUCUGUCUUUCCUUUUCUGCAGAUUGAUUGGAAACUUAUACAAAUUACGUAUGUAUAAUUCUUAUUGAAUAGACUCACGUGUCACUAAAUGUAUUGUACUUGAUAGAGAAAGUCACUGUCUGUCAGUCCAGGACGUUGUUAUACAGUAUAAGGCUACCAGUCGAGGCAGUGAGGACAGUUGACAUGGACAUGUUGGCUGUGCAGUGACUUGG